AUGUCGAUAGAAGAUGUAGUAGAAGAUUUAAGAGAUGCUUAUCGUGCUCUGUCAGAAGAACGGAAAUGGCCUGAUCCAGAGCUAGAUCUCAAAAGACUUAGAAAUUGGGAAUGGAAACAUGAAGAUGAACUCAAAGAGAGAUUCUUCGACCGUUUGAGUCGCUCAGGUGUAAGUGCAAGUUGUCGUGAGCUCUUCAAGAAAUUUGAGGAUCCAAAGGCAAUAGAGAAUCUCUCGAUUGGAGAGGACAAUGUCGAGACAGCCCUUUAUAAUUAUCUAUUCAUAGCUGCCACUGGGUAUGCAGCUUGUUCGUGGGUUGCUGGUUCCCAAGGUCAAGCGCUUCUCCUCCUUCUCGCGAGGGAACUGUACUGCGGCAAACCAGUAGAAUAUCUUCAAAUGUUCGAGAUAGCUAUGAGCAAGAGCAGCUUCCCACGCUGGGUGAACCGACUAGUACCCCCUCAAGCAGACAAGCCUUGGAAGGACACUUUCUCAAGAUCAUCAAUUGUCUGUCAAUUCCUUGACAGUCUAAGCUCGCAAGAUAACAUGCGAGUUAUCGUGCAAUUCUGUCAAGAUGUUGAUAAGGAGAAGAAGAAGGACGCACUCUUUAAGUUCUAUUUUCACUUCUUAGAACUACAGUCUCCAAAGACCGCUUUCCACGAAGCCAUUGACUCCAAGUCCCCGACCAUCGUUGGUGUUAACAAGGCAAUCCAUGACACUAUCAACAUUCAUCUUGACAGGGUAGAAAAAGACGUGGAGAUUUUCCUCAACACAGACAAUGAAGAACUCGAAGGAGCAAGCGAGGUUCAUUCCAAAGACAUCUCUAUCGAAAAUUCCGAUGAUGUGCACCUACUCUAUGCGGUUUCUGGCUCAGGAAAAACGAGAAGAAUCGAACGCCUUCUCCAUAGUCAAUGGGGCUAUUAUCUCCUUCCCGGUAAUGUGAACCCAACUGAGCAACGCAACUGUGGCAACUUGUACGACCCUCAAAGAGAAGAAUAUUCAAAAGAUUCGUGCGUUCUAUGGAGGUUGCUCCGGGAGAUCGACAAAAUUAUGCCUGGAAUGGAAAUUGAUAAACUCCAAAUUCGCAAUUGGUUUCACUGUCUUAUAUUAUCGCGUCAUUUGAUCUUCGACAGAUUUCUCAAAGUUGCCGGCAAACAGCAGGCUAUGACACCUGCGAAAUGGCUAGGGUUCCAAAAGUCCUGUUCUAUCUCAGAUCCAUUUAAGACUCUGUUCAAGCUGCUGUUACUGGUCAACAGUGGGUCCAAGGACUUGGGAUAUGAAACGCCGGACCUCGACCCCGUGCUCAAAGAAAAUGCUUUCUAUUAUUGCCUUGAUGAAGCGCAGUGCUGUCUCGACACCCCUCUUCCUUUCAGCAAUAUUGGCAGAUACAAAGAUGAAAACACCUUACAGCUUAUUUGUGGGCAAAUUCUAUUAGAUUUCAAGGCUGAUGUCAGGUUUCAAAAUCCGGGCUUGAGAUUCAUCGUCAGCGGAACGUCUCUGAAGUUGAAGGAGACGGUCUCAAUUAUCAAAGGCACUCAAGAAUGGCGAGAAACCCAUGAGGACAUUGUAUCCGCCAAAUGUGAAACGGUCACAGAUUUCCCACUCCUAACAAGUGCCCAAGAACUCUUGAAUCUGAUUAAAGAGCGUGGGCUUUUUCAGAAAAUCGAAAGUGACUCGGAUCUUGUCGACGAGGUCAAGAAGUGUGGUGUUCCGCUUCGGGGACGAUAUCUGUGGUCAGCUCUCUAUGUGGACCACCUGAAGGAACACUUCACAAAUCACAGAAAACUGGAUAUGAAAACCAUACUUGAGGCAGCUAAUAAAACUAUCGACGAAGCUAAGAGAUCCCUGAAGGAGAGGCUGUCACGGCUCCAGAAGGAGAAGUACAACGACGUUUUGCAGGAGCUAUGCUGGGUUGUCAUUCAAAGCGAUCUUCUGGACAUGCCAACAAAGUUCGAAAAGGACGAGGAUCAUCAAAUGAUUUCGGAAGCAUUUGCGGUCGUAGAGAAGAGUUCCUCAGUAGGCGUCUUGAAAGAACGUCUUGCUAUGGAGGCGGCCAUCGAGUGGUUUCGCAAAGAGCAAUGGGACAUGUAUAGCGGUAACGUUAAAAAGUAUUUGCGUUUCUCGGCGAACGAUGCAAGCUCCUUUGGGAAAGCUGCAGAGUGGUGGCUGGCAUUAGAAUUGUGGCAUUGUCUACAUCAUUCGAAUCGCGUGACUGGAUCAGAAGGCGAAAUUCGUCGUGGACAGAUUUUGAAGACACUUUCCAAGGCCAGUAGAGACGGCAAAGUGCCCGAAAUAUCAGGAGGAACAAGAACAGGUUUAUGCAGUUCGUCUCCAGAACCACUCAAAUUGGCAUCCACACACCGUCUGGUUGAGGGGAAGAAUAUUGGUCAUGUGUACGAUGGAAAAACCAGCUGGGGCUUUAGUAGCAGAGGGGAAACUCCCAACCUUGACCACGCUGUCCCAAUCUGGGAAUGGAUGAAGUCUAUCCGGGAGUGUAAAGAACCAGUGGCUAGCUUCUACUUUCCUGAUACCCUUGCUGGACCAGAUAUCCUCUUUUCGUUGGAACUGAAAGACUCAGUAAAAUCAGAAGAGUCAAGCUUCCGCGGUCGGAUCAUGUGUAUUUUGCAGUUGAAAACAGGGCCCAUUAAAAAGUUACGAAACGCGAUUAGCACGACGAACUUACAAACGUCUUAUCAAGGCCGCAACAAGAAUCGAAUUCGGGAUAAGAAAAAGAGGGAAUUAGACAAAGAGCUUGAGAACUGGAAGGGCGCAACGAUUAUUCGGGUUUUGGUCUGUACUGCAAAAGAUUACGACGGAGAAAAGGCUGUCGCCACGUAUUUGAAAAACGAAAGGAAAACCAGCAGUAAUGAGUUAUUCUUUCUAUGCGGCAAGAAGUACAGAGGAGAUCUUUUUGGCGAGACUUUUGCAAGGUUGGCAGAGGCGAAGAUGGCUGGAGAGUCGGAGGAAGCGACAUUAGGAGAAAUUAUCAGGAAGAGACCGCAGGACCAAGAAGAUACGGAAACGAACAGGAAAAGGCGAAAGAACUAG